AUGUGGGGUCUGGCAGCGCAUGCGGUGUAUGCAUCAAACCUGGCCACGUUUCCGUUUAUCCCGCUGGUGUCAGCCAAGACGGUGGCGUCGGUGGUGGGACUCGGGCUCGACCACUGGAUGUGGUUCCGCUACUUUUCAUCGACGUGGUACCCGUUCUCGUUUGUCAUCUCGUACUUUGGACUGUGCAUCUGGCUCGUGCCGUUCCUGUUCUUCAUCUCAUCGUCGGCCAACGACACGGCGCUGCCGAUGCCCGGCGCGUCGGCGGCGAUGGGCGGCAUCGACCAUGGCGCUGGACGUGGGUCUGGCGUCGCAGCCGGUGCAGCCGGUCUCGCUGCGGCGUCCAAGUCGUGGAUCACCACCAUUCUGGACGCCAUCAACGAGGCUAUACACUCGAUGACGUCGGGCGGGCCGUCACGAGCGCGCUCGGCGCACUUUGACUGA